AUGGAUCUCAUUGGCAAAAUCUAUCUAGCCAGUAGAAAACAACACUAUUUCAUCAUUGUAGCUACAAACUAUUUCACCAAAUGGGUGGAAGCCAAACCUGUUAAAUCCACUACAUCUCAAGAGAUCAUCACCUUCAUAGAAGAGCAGAUUAUACAAAGGUUUGGCAUUCCAGAAUCAAUCACAACUGAUAGGAGAUCUUCUUUCAUAUCUAGAGAUAUGCUAGAUAUGGCAGAAGCAUUCAAAUUUAAGCUACUUCAAUUCACUCCUUAUUAUGCUCAAGCUAAUGGACAGGCAGAAUCAAGUAACAAGGUGAUCAUCAACAUUAUCAGGAAAAUGCUUGAGAAAAAUCCAAAGCAAUGGCAUGAGAAGUUAACAGAAACUCUGUGGGCAUAUAGGACUUCAAAGAGAGAAGCAACUGGCAUGACCCCAUAUGCUCUAACUUAUGGUCAUGAUGCAAUUCUACCUAUGGAAAUAGCAGUCCAAUCUCUCAGAAUUGCUCACCAACACAAUCUGACUGGAGAAGACUACUGUCAAGCCAUGCUGCUAGAAUUGGAGGGAUUGGAUGCAAGUAGAAUUGAUACCCUCAACAAACUCUUAGCAGGGAAAUAG